AGGCGUGGCUGGUGACGUCAAGGUUGGUAUAAAACCCCACGACCGGGUCGCAUCUUAAACAGUUGAAGAAUCGCGAGGGCAUCGUCCACAGUUCCUUGUGAUCUCGGCACCAACUUGUUUCCUAAAUCCUUAACACUACAACACAAUGCGUGAGUGCAUCUCUGUCCAUGUUGGCCAGGCCGGUGCCCAGAUGGGCAAUGCCUGUUGGGAGCUGUACUGCCUGGAACAUGGCAUCCAGCCUGAUGGCCAGAUGCCCUCUGACAAGACCAUUGGGGGUGGUGAUGACUCCUUUAAUACAUUCUUCAGUGAAACUGGUGCAGGCAAACACGUUCCCAGGGCUGUGUUUGUUGAUCUCGAACCUACAGUAAUUGAUGAAAUCAGAACGGGAGUCUAUCGUCAGUUGUUCCACCCUGAGCAGCUAAUUACUGGCAAGGAAGAUGCUGCAAAUAAUUAUGCCCGUGGCCACUACACAAUUGGAAAGGAAAUUGUUGAUAUUGUACUUGACCGCAUCCGCAAACUAGCUGAUAACUGCACAGGUCUUCAGGGCUUCCUAAUUUUCCAUUCAUUUGGUGGUGGCACUGGUUCAGGCUUCACUUCUCUCCUGAUGGAAAGGCUUUCUGUUGACUAUGGUAAGAAGAGCAAGUUAGAAUUUGCAAUUUACCCAGCUCCCCAGGUAGCUACUGCUGUUGUUGAACCUUACAAUUCCAUCUUGACGACCCAUACUACUCUAGAACACUCAGACUGUGCCUUCAUGGUUGACAAUGAAGCCAUAUAUGAUAUCUGCCGCAGAAAUCUUGACAUUGAGCGCCCAACCUACACCAACUUGAAUAGGCUUAUUGGUCAGAUCGUCUCUUCAAUUACUGCCUCUCUUCGCUUUGAUGGUGCUCUUAAUGUAGAUCUUACAGAAUUCCAGACCAACUUGGUCCCCUACCCAAGGAUCCACUUCCCACUGGUAACUUAUGCUCCUGUAAUUUCUGCCGAGAAGGCUUACCAUGAACAGUUGUCUGUAUCUGAAAUUACAAAUGCCUGCUUUGAACCUGCUAACCAGAUGGUAAAGUGUGAUCCUCGUCAUGGAAAGUACAUGGCAUGUUGUCUGCUCUACCGUGGAGAUGUAGUGCCAAAGGAUGUCAAUGCUGCUAUUGCUACAAUUAAGACAAAAAGGACCAUUCAGUUUGUCGAUUGGUGCCCUACUGGAUUUAAGGUUGGAAUAAACUACCAGCCACCUACUGUAGUACCUGGUGGAGAUUUGGCCAAGGUUUCACGCGCAGUGUGCAUGCUGUCAAACACUACUGCAAUUGCUGAAGCAUGGGCUCGUCUGGACCAUAAGUUUGAUCUUAUGUAUGCUAAGCGUGCAUUUGUUCAUUGGUAUGUUGGAGAAGGUAUGGAAGAGGGAGAAUUUACCGAAGCCCGUGAAGAUCUUGCUGCCCUAGAGAAGGAUUACGAAGAGGUUGGUGUUGACUCUGCUGACGCAGAGGGUGAGGAAGAAGGGGAAGAGUACUAGAGUACACUAGACCUUAGGACAAUUCUUCUAAAACUGUCUUAAUAAAAGUUAAAAUUUAA